CCCCCCGCGUAUCUUCAUUUCUUUCUUGAAAAUUUCAUUAUAAAAAAACAUAGAAUUCAUAAGGAAGAAGAUUUGAUAUUUUCUUUUCUUUUAAAAAAAACAAAGAACAUAAAAUUAAUAAAUUGAUAGGAAGAAAAUUUGAUAUUUUCUUUUUGAUAAUUACACCAAUAAUGAAUGGUUUAAAUGAUACAAUGAUUACGACAGAUAUAACGGAAUGUCGGUGGGAAAUAAAAAUUGAAGGAUGCAAGGAUGCCUCAUUCUUUCGUAUAAUUAUAGGAAUAACAUUAACAUUACAUAUAAUUGUAUUUAUUAUAAGUACAAGUUUGUUACUUUACAGAAAAAUAAGAUGUAAUAGUGUAAUAUGGAAUGGACAAUGUUUUACUGCUUUAGAUGGAUUUCUUUUUUGGGCCGAUAUUUGGUGUAUAGGAAGAAUAAUAUUCAUCAUUGAUGAGUUAGGAAACUUUACAAAAGGUUCUAUAAUAUUUAGAUAUAUUUUAUUCGAAAUUAUGGCUUUCCCUCCAAUAAUUGCUGUUGCGACUUAUACUUCAGGAUUAUUUUAUGCUAUACCGCGAAUAAAUUUUAAUCGACAUUCUAUAACACAAGAACCAACGACACCUAAACAAGAUUUCAUAAAAAAUCAAAUAUAUCUUCCCCGUCCGCAUGUUGUUUCACACUUUUAUUGGAUUUUUAUUAUAUUUUUUUUUAUAAUGACAUUCGUUCCUUUAAUAAUUGCUGCUAUUGCCGAACAAAAUAAUAAUGAUAAAUUGAAAGAUAUUUUUUGGCCUAUUCAUUUUUUAACAUAUGCUAUAUCAUUUGGAUUAUUGACUAUCGUGUUGACUUAUUACGGUCGAAUGCUGGUACGAUUGACUGAAAAAUCAGUAUCAUUAUCAAAUGACGAAUUCGAAAAACAAAAAUAUAGAAUAUUCUUAUACAAGAUAAGAUUGUUUAAUGUGACAUUAUCAUUUGUAUUUAUAUUGUAUAUAUUAGGAUUAACAAUAUUUGCACUUUGGAGAAAACAAAUUUAUUCUUACGAGAUGAUAAAUAAAAUAUUCGCUUUUAUGAUUGAAAUAAUGUCAGUUGUGGCUGCAUUGACUAUUGUUUGCGCAUUAUUUUAUAAUGAAAUAAUAGCACCAAUAAUUACUCUAGCAGGCCCAAAUGAUGAAAAAAAUAACGAUCCCCCAAUAUCAGAUUUUGAUGACAGUAUUAUUAUUAGUGAACAAGAGUGUUGAUCUUGGUUAUAUUGUGAUAUGAAUUCGACCUAUUGCACGAAGGAAUUUUAAUAAGCAUCAAUAUAAUCAUGGAAUCUAAUUA